UUCCUACAGACUCAUGCCCCGCACUAGGGUUCUCCACUUCCGCCCUCACUUCGCGCACUGCUGACUUCCGCUUCCUGUUCUCCCGCUACCUGAGCCAGUGCUGCAGAGGGCUGUAUUAUUUGCUUCCCGGAUAUGUGUAGGUUUCUGUGCCUAUAGAUAGAGAAGGCAGCCCAAGAUUCUUCAGUGAACAUUCCUACACCAUCAGUUUUUAUCAAGCACAAUUUUCCUGGCCUCCCUCAGGCAAUAAUUACAUGAUUCAUGUUGAAAGGAGAAAUCCGUCUAAAACAUCUUUAUUCAGUAAGGGAAGGGAAGCCAAGGGUUAAUCAUGUCAGAAUGCGAUAAAGAACUGGUGGAUAUGGUAUGGGGUAAGAAAGCUUCCAAUGGUUCGAUGGACUCUGUAUUCAAGCGGUGGACCCAAGGCUUUGUCUUCAGUGCUACGGAACCAACAGCAUUAGAGCAAUUUGAAGGUGGCCCAUGUGCUGUGCUUGCACCCGUACAGGCUUUUCUUCUAAAAAGGCAAUUGUUUAACACCGAGCAUUCUAACUGGAGGUCUUGCCAAGAUGAAGAGCAGAAAGACAUUUUAUGCCAAACACUAAGUGAUAUUCUUGAAAUGGUUAGCUUGAAUUCAAAUUCGUACUGCUUGGCAAGCUGGCUUAAAGGGAAAGCUACACAGGAGACAGAGUCGGAGAAUCCUGCAGAAUCCAGUCAGCAAAUCGAGCAGCCUUCUGCCUUGGCUGCAGAGGAGCUUGGCUUUGAGCGAUUUCAUGCAUUAAUUCAAAAAAGAAAAUUUAACAGUUUAAGUGAAUUCAAGGAAGCCAUUCUGGAAAGCUAUUUGACAUGGAGAAACAAGUAUGGUGUCCUGCUUUUCCUGUAUUCUGUCAUUCUCACUAAGGGAAUUGAAAAUGUUAAAAAUGAAACUGAAGAUGCAGAACGGCCUUUAAUCGACCCUUUGUAUGGGCAUGGCAGCCAAAGUUUAAUCAACCUACUCCUAACUGGACAUGCUGUUUCCAAUGUGUGGGAUGGGGAUCGGGAAUGCUCAGGGAUGAAACUUCUUGGUAUUCACAGCCAAGCAGACGUGGGCUUCCUGACAUUAAUUGAGUCAUUUCGGUUUUGCAAGGUUGGCUCCUACUUGAAAUCACCAAAGUUUCCUAUCUGGGUAAUUGGAAGUGAAACUCACCUCACAGUGUUUUUUACCAAGGAAAUGGCUCUUGUUACUCCCGAGACUCCUUCUGAACGAGCAAGGAGAGUAUUUCAAACCUAUGAUCCAGAAGAAAACGGAUUCAUUCCUGAUGCCCUGCUAGAGGAUGUCAUGAAAGCUUUGGAUCUUGUGUCAGAUACAGAGUACGUAAACCUCAUGAAGACAAAAUUAGACCCAGAAGAACUAGGUAUUAUUUUACUGGGACCUUUUCUGCUGGAAUUCUUCCCGGAGCAGAGUUCAAAAGUUCCAGAAUCUUUUACUGUGUAUCAUUACAACGGAUUAAGGCAGUCUAACCAUAACGAGAAGGUUUCUUACACUGAGGGAACAGCAGUGAUGGGUUUCGAAGACCCGAGAUUACAGACGGAUGAUACUCCUAUCAAAUACUGUCUACAGACCAAAUGGCCCUUUGUAGAACUUCUCUGGUCCACAGACAGGCCGCCCUCAUUAAAUUAAUGGAACGCUGCAACGUAUUAUUAUUGGAAAUGGUCUAUGGUCAUGCUGGAUAUUGCAACUUUUUAUUUUACUGUAUAUAUCACACUGAAAUCGAUUACAGCAAAUAGCUUUAAUGGACAAACAUUCCUGCGAGCAACAUAUACUGCAUAUUUCUCUUAUUUCUUGUAUCGGGUCACACUAAUAACCCAUUGCCACUGUCCCCCUGUCACCACUUCUGAUGUUAUUAACUGGAAGGUGCAAAAAGCAUUUGUGUUCGGAGGUCCCCCUAUCACCGCUCUCUGUGUUUCAGCCCUUUUAUAGGAGCAGUGGCUGGAAACAUUCACCCCUGGAUAAAUAUGCCCCUUAGCAUUCUAGGGUCCAUUUAGGGUGAGCCUCUGCCUCCUCAUAGAAGGAUUUCAAAUGAUAUAAUAACAUAGUAAUAUCAGUCAAGCUGUUGUUCCAUUCAUUUUCAUUUUGAUUGGCUUUCAGGUCUAUCUAGCAUGGGUGCCAGGCCUAAAGUUGGGAUUGUAUUCACUACUGACUUUUGCUUAGUACAGGCUAAUACCUAUGCUGACAUCGUUUUUUAUUGUACAGGUAUGGGAUCUAUUAUGCAGAAUGUUCGGGACCUGGGGUUUUCCGGAUAACUUUCCAUAAUUUGGAUCUUAUACCUUACCUUAAGUCUACAAGAAAAUCAUGUAAACAUUAAAUAAACCCAAUAGGCUGAUUUUGCCUCCAAUAAGGAUUAAUUAUAUCUUAGUUUGGAUCAAGUACAAGGAAAUCAAUUUAAAAAAUUUGGAUUAUUUGAUUAUAAUGGCGUCUAUGGGAGACUGCCUUUCCGUAAUUUGGAAUAUCGGAUCCCUUAUCUGUUUUGGCGCUGCUUUGACAUUUCAAUACCUGACACUUUUGUCUGAGUAUUCUCUAAAUUAGGGCACACCAUGCCACGUGGGCAGGGGGCACAUUCUAAAGACCAGUAAGGAGAAUUUGGGGAAGAAUUACUACUUUUUCCAUUCAGAUACUCCCAAAACCCCUAUCUUAAAUGUUUAUGGGUGAAAUUUACUUGCUGUCCUAGAUAUUCUAAGAACUAUGAAUAAAUGUCGGCUACAAUGAUGUUUAUAUAGAGGAGCCUUGGCCAAAUAUUGGGGGGUCUCAAGGGACAUGUACCAAAAUGUUUGCUUUACAGCCUUGCUGUAUCGGAAAGGCAGUUCCUUAUAUUAUAUCUUGAAAAAAGGGGAAAAGAAGCACACCAUACUUCAGCUCUUGCCUUUAAAUCAUUUAUUGUGGCACAAGCUUUCGGGUACAAACCUUUUCUCGGGUGCACCUGAGGAAGGGGUUGUCCCUGAAAGCUUGUGCCACAUUUCUGCUGCAAUAAAUGCUUUAAAGGCAGGGGCCGAAGUAUGGUGUGCUUCUUUUCUCCUUUUUUCAAGAGAUUACCGUGUUGAAACAGCCUGGGAUUGAAUGCACCCUAUAAUUAACAAGGACAUGGUGUGCCAAUGAUAAAAUUGCUUUUGGAUACCAUUGGAUCAGUAAGUCUGUCCAGACUGAUAAUCUAACCGACCAGGUAGUUCUUAGUAAGUGUUUGGGGUGCUGGCAGGUGUGAGAGGGGCAGUUAACCCACUUAUAUUCCCAUGUUGUACUCGCUUUAGAACUUGUACUAGUGAGGCCUAUUACAGUUUAUUAUUUCAUACUCACAAAAUUGCAUUGAUCUGGAGCCUGGACCAAUGUCAGGGCAGCUGUAAUUGUACCAAAGUCCUUAUAUAAUUGUUCCCUUGUUACACGCUGUUUUUAAAGAAAUCGACCUGAUGGCAUAUGCUUUCAUACGAGGCUGCUGUUCCUAAAUUGGAAAUUGCACUUGGAGAAACCCAGAAGCUGUACCAGAGCAAUGUAUAUUUUUCAGACAAUAACCUGUCUCAGAGAACUGACAUGUAAGAAGUAGCAUCCAUCGCACUGGCUCUCGAGCAAGAGCUGAGCCGUUCUGUAUGGGUUUCUUUCCAAGUGUUCCGAUCUGUGCUAUUGCCAAAUACCCUUGUUCUGCCUGUUCCUGAGCAGCAGAUUAAGCUCAAUCCUUCUCUCCCUCGUGUUUAUCACUGUGUUCAGCGCAUGAGAAACAUCUGUGACCACACGACUAUGUUAAAUUAUUUAUUAUGAUCACAUUUCUGACCUUUAAAUAAACAAACUCUUUUCUGA